AUGUCUGUUAACAGUGUAAUAACGAGCCAGACGCCGGUGCCCUCCAGUCGCACGCCGGUGUCCUUCACCCCCACUGCCACCCCGCCCAUGUCUAUGUCUUCUCUCAAGAAUGCCCUGACACCGCCCAGCACGAGCCUCAGCGAUCGCAAGAACUACCACAAGAUUGCUCAGCUUCAUCCGUACGACAGCAACUGGUGCAUCAAAGCUAAGGUCGAGCUUAAGGCCCCUCUUCGCAGCAUGUCCAUACGCGGAUCUGAUGUCAAGAUCCUCACUGUAGAUCUCGUGGACGACACGGGCCAAAUGAUUCAAGGUACCUUUUGGAGGGCCCCCGCGGAGCGCUUUUCAGAAUCGCUCAUGGAGGGGAAGGUGUACGUGUUCCAUCGCUUCAAGGUGAAGCCUGCGGACAAGAAGUACAGCAGCGUGAAGGCAGACUACCAGAUUGACUUUACAGAACGUACGGAAGUGACUGAGGCUGCCGACCAGGACACCUCAUCCAUGACGGCGGCUGUGGAGAUCACUCCCAUUGAGGUGCUGCCUCGUCGGGUGGGUGGCCGUAUGCCGGUGGACGUGAUGGGGGUGGUGCUGGCGCUGGGGCCCCUGGGGACUGUGAAGCGGAAGGCGGAUAGCAGCGAGCUGCCGCGGCGGGAUAUCACGCUGGGAGAUAUGAGCUGCAAGAGUGUGGUGUUGACGCUGUGGGGGGACAACGCUAGUGCCUUCGCGGGCCAGCUGGAGGGGCAGGAGGGCAAGGUGGUUAUGCAGGUGACCCACGUUCGCGUAACUGACUUCAACGGCUGCUCCGUGUCUUCUCUGACCAAGAGCGUCGUCAGCCUUAAUCCGGAGGGGUCCGGAGCUGCGCAACUGCUCACGUGGUAUUCCACAGCGGGCAUGGUUCCGGAUCGCUUUACCCCCGUUGGACAAGACCUGCCGGGGACACGGGCUGUCAGCAAUGGCAGCGGGGCCGUACCCUCCCGGGAGCGAUUCUUCACCGUGAAGGACGUGGCGGGAAUCAGUGCGGACUCGCUUCAGGAUGACAAGGCCACUUUCCAGGCCGUGACUGCCUACAUCGCAAUGGUGAACAGCGAACUGCAGAUGUACUACCUGGCUAAUCCAGAGAAUGGCCGCAAGGUUGUUGAUCAGGGCGGUGGUCGCUGGGCGGAGGCGGAUGGUCGUGUGGUUGAGCGCCCCGAGCACCGCUACGUUCUGAGUGUCAAGCUGGCGGACCAUACCGGGGAGGCUGUGGUGCAGCUGUUCAAUAAGGAGGCUGAGGCGGUGAUGGGCAUUAAGGCGGACGAGCUGGCAGCCCUCAAGGAGGCGGGAGAGGGCUUCGAGGCGGCGCUCCGGGCGGCCCAGUGGCGACCCUGGUCGGUAGUCGUGAUGAGCAAGGCACGGGAGUACAACGGCGAGCGGCGUGUACGGCAUACAGCACAUCGUGUUGACACGUUGGAUUGGGUGUCAGAGGGGCAGCGGCUGGCGAUGCUUAUUGGGAAGUACGGCAAUUAGAUAAACCUGACUCACAACACAAUGCGUAUGUUACAAAUCCUGGUAAAUUAAUUAAUGGAUUCAGCGCUAUUUUUUCCACCAAUGCCACUACACAACCAGAAUGGCAAUAAAGCGACCAUAAUGCGGGUCCUUUGCCGAAUGACAUCCCUGCCGCUGAGGCAUGUAACUCCAAAACCCCCUAAA